AUCCGCACCAUGUACCUGGGGAUUCAGAGCCAGCGGCGGAAGGAACACCAGCGACGCUUCUACUGGGCUAUGAUGUAUGAAUAUGCAGAUGUCAACAUGCUGCGCCUCCUCGAGACCUUCCUGGAGAGCGCCCCCCAACUGGUGCUACAGCUCUGCAUAAUGAUCCAGAAGAACAGCGCUGAGACGCUGCCCUGUGUCUCCUCUGUGACUUCCCUGAUGUCCCUGGCUUGGGUGCUAGCCUCCUAUCACAAGCUGCUGCGGGACUCCAGGGACGACAAGAAGAGUAUGAGCUACAGAGGGGCCCUCAUCCAACUCUUCUGGCGCCUCUUCACCAUCUCAUCCAGAGUUAUCUCUUUUGCCCUCUUUGCUUCCAUCUUCCAGCUCUACUUCGGGAUCUUCGUGGUGGUUCACUGGUGCGCCAUGGCCUUCUGGAUCAUCCAUGGCGGAACAGACUUCUGCAUGUCCAAGUGGGAGGAGAUCCUCUUCAACAUGGUGGUAGGGAUUGUGUACAUUUUCUGCUGGUUUAACGUCAAGGAAGGGCGGACUCGAUAUCGAAUGUUUGCAUAUUAUACGAUAGUCUUGACCGAGAAUGCUGCCUUGACGUUCCUUUGGUAUUUUUACAGAAACCCGGAGACCACUGACUCCUAUGCGGUGCCAGCACUGUGUUGUGUCUUUAUUAGCUUUGUGGCUGGGAUCGCAUUGAUGCUCUUAUAUUAUGGUGUGCUGCAUCCCAUGGGGCCACGAGCUAAGAUCUUUGCCAGCUCCUGUUGUGCCGAGCUGCUCUGGGGCAUCCCUUUGCCCCCCGAUGUUGAGCCCAUGGCGCCUCAGACCCCUGGGUACCGGGGGACCCAGGUCACGCCUACCAGAGCCGUAACGGAACAACAGGAGGAUCUCACGGCUGACACUUGCUUGCCCGUUUUCCAAGUGAGACCCAUGGGGCCCUCCACCCCGUCGGGGCGUCCUUACCACCCAGAAGGGCCCCUCAUUAAGAUUGACAUGCCAAGAAAGAGAUACCCAGCUUGGGAUGCUCAUUUUGUAGACAGGAGGUUGAGAAGGACUAUUAACAUUCUGCAGUACGUCACCCCCACCGCAGUAGGCAUUCGGUAUCGAGACGGACCGCUCCUUUAUGAGUUGCUACAGUAUGAGUCUUCACUCUAAGAGCAUCUUGACCCAAGUUGAGAAGGGGACCUUAAGUUGGUUUGCGGUAAACACCGCUUGCAAGAAAUAUAACCCUCUCUUCCCCCAAUACACAAAAUCACAACCACCAUCACCACCACCACCACCACCACCACCUCCACCACCACUGCUAUAAAAAAAGAAAAUAAUAAGUCACGACCCCUUCAGAUAAGCUUUCUUUCCAGUUGCUGUAUGUAUACAAAGAUAUUCUCUAUGUUUUGUAAGUAAAAACAAAAAGAAGACCUUUCUUUUGUUUUUUACACAUAAGAAACAGUAUUGAAAAUCCCACACUAUUGUUCAUUGGGUGGAGAAGGAGGAGUUGUCUCCACUCCAAAAGAAAAAAAAUAAUAUUUUAUACCUUACACCAAGUGUAGAUCAUGUAUGGGAUUGGUGCUGAUUGAAAGAACAAAACAAAACAAAAUAAACACAAACAAACAAACAAACAAAAACCUUCAACUGCCUUAUGCCCUUAGGUGCUGAGUUUCAUUAAGUACUGUCACGUUUUCUCAUGCAAAACUCUCUGGUGGUUUUGGCGCCAUGAGAGGGGAAAUUAAACAAUCAAAUGAAACAAAUCUAGAAACGAAACAAAAACCAACCAACCAACAAAACACAAAGCAAUCAUUCUUCCUAUCUGAUUAUUUGUAUUGAAGAAAACAAAUUCACCAAAAGCAAAGGCAUAGAAACCCCAAUCUCUUUUCGGUUUCUCUCCCUCCUCUCCUGUCCCUGUCUCUAACUUAACAGCGCCUUCUAGGAGCCAAAUGGCCAUUUGGGACUCAAAUGGCUGGGACAGCUACUUGAAGGCUGACCUUGUGCCAUUUUAACAUUCACCUAGUGUGGAUCACAUUUGUUUCCUGGUGAAAAACAAAACAGAAUAAAACAAAAAAGCCACCCUAGUAAUUCGACAAGAACAUGAAAUUCUAAAGCAAAUUAAAGGAGAUUUCCAUCUACUUAAUCAAAGAAAAUCAGUAAUAAUAAAACUCAGCAUAGUAGCAAAAAGAACGACAUCAAUUUAAAGGCACAAUACUUAAUCAGUGACUGGCAAAAAUGAUUUAGGUCUGUCAUUUUAAGGCCGUGAAAGGUAUACAUUUAUCACAUGUGAUAUUGUGUAAGGCCUCUUCUGUUUCCAUUUGGUGGGAAGCCUUAAAUUGAUCUGGAAAGAAUUCUUCAUUUUUCAUUUGUGCUUUUUAAAAAUAUUAACACAGAGGAAAAUUAGACUAUAUAUAUAUAUAUAUAUACACACAAAAAAACAACAAACCACGUCAAAUUGUAAUAACUGACCCAUUUCAAAGACUGUUUGGUGCUUCUGUCUUUCACCAUUGUGGUUGGCUGAAACUCAUUCAGCUCACUUGGUGCAUCUGGGGUGAGUGGGCAACUUUGUGUGCGUGUGCGUGUGCUCGUGUGUGUGUGUGUGUGUGUGUGUGUGUGUGUGUGUGCCCAUAGCACACGUAUAUAUGUGUGUAUGUGUCUGCUGCAAGGUCUUGCCAGAAAUGUAGAAAACCGCACUAAGGCAGACUCUGGGUACGACGAAGGUGGAGUAGAAGGUGGCUGGUGGGGGGUGCAGGAAGGAGGGGGUGGUGCUGGAAUAUGAGCCCCUGUCUGGAUGGCGAGACUCACACCAGCAGCGUACUCUGGGUCUUAGAGGCAGUGUCGUUUGGGUGAAGAUUUAAUUAUUUUCUCAUUGUACCAAACUGAAUUUCGAGAGGUGUUACAAGUAUGUUCAACCAUUUCUUAAAUGUUAUUUUUCAAAGUAUUGCUUCUGUAAGGAAUAUUCUGUUCUAGGACAUCGUUCAAUCCCAUUGUAUCUCUACUUGAGCAC